CGAUGUAAGUCUAUGUUUUUGUGUUCCUAUGGCUAACGCGACCCUUCGUCUCUCGUCAGGAAUUAUGCCGCCAAGGGAAGAAGUACGUAGAGGAGGUCGUAGAGGCCGAGGUAGAGGAGCAGGAGGCCGAGGUAGAGGAGCAGGUCGUAAUCAGCCUACUGAGGGUCAAGCUGAACAACAAAUUCUUGCUGCACCCGUGACUCACGUUGAGUUUGAUGCACUGUCUGCUCACAUGGAGCAGAGGUUUACAGAACUUAUGACAGCUAUAGCUCAAAACCAGCAGGCACCUGCGGUCCCACCUGCACCUGUGGUUCCCCCUGCACCAGCAGCUCCUCCUGCCACAAGAAUUACCUAA